AUUAACGAGUGACAGGCUUAAUGACUAACACACCUCUAACAUUCUCCUCUAGCUCAGAUGAAAGAGAGAAUGGGACUUCUUGGUACUGACUGUUUUUCCUGUUCCUCAAUUGGUUUCUUUUAGGGAGCUACACAUUUACUUGCCCACUGAUGAUUGAUGUUUUCAGCCAGCACGAUGGACAGAAGUCUAAGGAACGUCCUUGUUGUUUCCUUUGGGUUCCUGCUUCUCUUUACAGCCUAUGGAGGUCUGCAGAGCCUGCAGAGCAGCCUGUACAGCGAGGAGGGCCUGGGUGUGACAGCACUCAGCACCCUCUACGGAGGCAUGCUCCUGUCCUCCAUGUUCCUCCCACCGCUCCUCAUUGAGAGGCUGGGCUGCAAGGGGACCAUCAUCCUCUCCAUGUGUGGCUACGUGGCCUUCUCCGUGGGCAACUUUUUCGCCAGCUGGUACACUUUGAUCCCCACCUCCAUACUGCUAGGGCUCGGGGCCGCCCCGCUGUGGUCUGCGCAGAGCACAUACCUCACGAUCAUGGGAAACACACACGCAAAGAAGGCGGGAAAGCACGGCAAAGACGUGGUGAACCAGUAUUUUGGCAUCUUCUUCCUCAUAUUCCAGUCAUCCGGUGUGUGGGGCAACUUGAUCUCAUCGCUGGUAUUUGGCCAGACUCCCAGCCAAGAGGCCCUCCCAGAAGAGCAGCUCAUGUCCUGUGGGGCCAGUGACUGCCUGAUGGCCACCGCAACCACCAACAGCACCCAGAGGCCCUCCCAGCAGCUGGUCUACACCUUGCUGGGCAUCUACACCGGGAGUGGUGUCCUGGCUGUCCUGAUGAUAGCUGCAUUCCUCGAACCCAUACGACAUGUUCAACAGGAAAGUGAAGGAGAGAAGAAAUCACCACCUUUCUGGUCCACGUUACUGUCAACUUUCAAGCUAUAUAGAGAUAAACGUCUGUGCCUCUUAAUUCUACUGCCUCUGUAUAGUGGAUUGCAGCAAGGAUUCCUCUCCAGCGAGUACACAAGGUCCUACGUCACCUGCGUCCUGGGCAUCCAUUUCGUCGGCUACGUGAUGAUCUGCUUCUCGGCCACCAACGCGCUGUGCUCCGUGUUGUAUGGAAAGAUCUCGCAGUACACGGGCAGGGCUGUGCUCUACGUGCUGGGCGCGGUGACCCAUCUGUCCUGUAUGAUCGCCCUCCUGCUGUGGAGACCUGGUGCUGACCAGCUGGCGGUGUUCUUCGUAUUCUCAGGCCUGUGGGGCAUGGCAGAUGCCGUCUGGCAGACACAGAACAACGGUGAGUCCCCAGCCCAGGCCCCUUCCUGGCAGCAGGAGGGCAGUCCCUGGCCAAGGCAACUGUGGGGGCUCAUUAGCUGCCAAUGGACCAGAGCCAGGAGAGGUGAGUUGGGAGAGAUGGGAGGGCCAGAGGGCUGUGAUGUCGCCUCUGGGUCUGACGUAUUUUCUCUGAGCAUUUAUUCAGAUUCAUGAUGCAAAAGUGGAAAACCACCCGGGGUUCCUUCUGGGCACCAUUCCCUUGGGAUGACGUGGUUUUGCUUAAGUCAGGUCACCCAUCCGAGCCUGGGUACGAGACUGUCUACCCCUAGGACAGCAGUCUCUUCAUGACUGAAAACCUUUACUCAGACGUGCUUGUGAUCAGAGGCACCCACUCUGCGUCCCUGGGCCUGGGGUGUAAACAUGCAGGGCCAUCCAAGGAGCCCUGGGCGAUGGGAGGUGGGAGUGUGGACCAAGGAGCCCAUGGAAGAUGGGAG